AUGGGGAAGAUGAAGGACGCAUAUGAAGCACUACGUAGGUGUAAGCUUGAAGAUGAAACAGCAGUGAAUCUGUAUGCGAUGGAGGCAAUGAAUGCAUUGGCAUCGAAUGAGUAUUCAAGCAUAUUUGCAUUGAGAGAAGAUGUGAAAAUAGCAGAACCAAUUACAUGCGAAUUCAAUAGUAUAGAAUGCAAGAUGGAGGGCGAUUUCAAUAGGAAUUAUGCAAAUAUAGCAAAUGAAACAGAAUACCUGGGGAAAUUGACAUUUCUAGACAAAGAGUACGACGUAGCUAAUUCGUACAUAAAGAAGCAAUUAGGAUGCAUAGUGAACGACGAACACAAUUUGAGUUUGACUAAAAAGCAGGCAGAAACAUUCACCUACAACAAGGUAACUGGUUUUACGCUUUCUGAACCAGUUCUAUUUCAACACAACUUCAUCAAAAUACAGGAAACAGAGUACAAUUUGUUAGAGGAUGACAGAUCUUUGAGUAAAAAGAAGUGUUUUACAACAAGGCUGGUACUAAAAUGGCUGGUAAGGAACAUGGAAAAGAAAGGUGCGAAAUUGACUAAAGAAAAAAGGAAUGGGAUGGUGAAAUGGGCACUGACGCACAUAGAUGAAAGGGAAAAGUGGAUUAUCGACUGUUUGAACCUCAUUCUGGUUGAUGAAGGUAGCUCAGAAUAUAAAGAGCUAGCAAAAAGUGUCUGUUGCAAACUAAAGUAA